AUGAAGAAUUACACGACGGGAUGCGAGCUCGCGGAGCAGUUGGUAGACGGGAAGCAGGAAGAAGAAGAAGAAGCUGGCGGCGAUGAUGCUAUCCCAGUCCAUCCGCUGGGCGUGAAGCCCUCUGGCAACGGGCUGGCGGCCGUGGGGGACAUACGGCCUGCUAUGGGCGUCUUUGCCUUGCUGCCGGACGAGCUGGUGCUGACGCUGCUGGAGUCAUUUGAUGCCUCGACGCUGAGCCGGCUGGGGAUGACAUGCAGGGCUCUCUAUGCCUUUACCAGGGCCGAAGAGCUCUGGAAGGCCCUUUUCAUCCAGGCGUCUCCGUCACACUUCUCAUGGCACGGAGACUGGCAUUCAACGUAUCUGAACGUGUCACAGAGCAAGACAGCCUCACCGGACUGUUCGCAGCUGUUCUCAGACACGCUGCACCGGCCGUUCCAGUGUGCCCAUCUCUCUCUGUCAGUGUGCCACGACAUACCGGCCAGGAACAGGAUACCGCGUCUGGCAAACCUGACCCAGGCCGAGUUUGACCGGUCCUGGGCAGACAGACCCUUCAUCCUGACCGAGCCAGUCAGAGACUGGCCGGCCUUUCAGUCGUGGUCUGUCGAGAAGAUACUGGAAACCCAUGCAAAUACCCUCUUCCGUGCAGAGGCGGUGGACUGGCCGUUCAGGACAUAUGUAGACUACCUGAACAACAACUCCGACGAGAGCCCGCUGUACCUCUUUGACAAGAACUUCGUCUCCAAGAUGGGCUUGCCUACCGGCGACCAGGCUGUCUUCCAGCCACCCUCAUGUUUCGGAACAGACCUGUUCUGCGUCCUGGGCAGCCAGCGUCCGGAUAAGGAGUGGCUGAUCAUCGGCCCAGCCAGGAGUGGCAGCACCUUUCACAAGGACCCAAAUGCCACCAGUGCCUGGAACGCCGUGCUGCGGGGAUCCAAGUACUGGAUCAUGUUCCCUGGUUCGGCGUGUCUGCCGCCUCCACCGGGCGUCUAUGUCUCUGCAGAUCAAUCGGAGGUAACCUCCCCGCUCAGCAUUGCUGAAUGGCUGCUCAACUUCCAUGACGAGGCACGGAACACCCCGGGCUGCUUAGAAGGCAUAUGCGGCGAAGGAGAGGUUCUACACGUCCCCUCGGGCUGGUGGCAUCUGGUUGUCAAUCUGUCGGAGUCGAUAGCCAUCACGCAGAACUUCGUGCCUCGCAAACACCUCCGUUCGACCUUGGACUUUAUGCAGAACAAAGCUGACCAGGUGUCUGGUUUCCGCAAGGACAUCGAGGAUCCUUAUGGUCUGUUUGUGCAGAGGAUGCAGGAGACGUAUCCGGACAUGCUUGAGCAGGCCUUGCUCGAGAUGGAGGCCAAGAAGAAGAGGAAGUGGGAUGAGGUAGUCAAGGCCGUGGAUGUUUCUACCAGCGACUCUGCUGCUGGAGGCUUCAGCUUUGGGUUUGGCGACGAUAGUGACGCCGAAGUGCCAUAA